AUGAGGAUCGGCCCCAGACGCUUACCGACACGUGAGGGCACUCAAGUUGAACGCACGAUCCGCCUCAUAUCAGCUGAAAUCAGAGGAUUUGGAAGUUCUGUCUGCAUCAACAAGCCGGCUUUUGCCUCGUGA